AUGUCCGCAGUUGUGUACGAAGAAGUGGCGUUGGAGGAGAUGGUGUACAACGACUCGGAGCAGAUGUACUACUACGAGUGCCCCUGUGGCGACAAGUUCGAGAUCUCCCUCGAGGAUCUGUACGACGGAGAGGACAUCGCGCCCUGUCCCAGCUGCACGCUGCAAAUCAAGGUCCUCUUCGAAGAGAGCGAACUCCCGGAGCUGAGACCAGAGGAAGAAAAAGAGGAAGAGCACGGGCACGACAGCCGAGGAGGCGAACCGGUUGUCGUGGCAUCGACGCUCGUCGAGGCGCAGGCGUAG